GACUUCCGAUUUUUCACUCGUAAUUUGGUAAAUAAAUUCGGUGAGAUUUCGAUUCCUCCUCUCUCUCGCUCUCCUUCCUCGUACCAGUGCCUGGGAAAUUCGCAGCGUUUGCUUUUUUUCGAUGGCUCUUGCGGGCGAGGUCGGGCUACGUUUGCUUCUCUGCCCAAUUAGCUCCAACAUUGUUGUCCGGACUGCAUGCUGUUCUGUGGGGACUGUGUUCCCUGUUUACUCAACAUUCAAAGCCAUUGAGGAGAGAGAUCAGAAUGAGCAGCAGAGAUGGCUUCUUUAUUGGGCAGCUUAUGGAACUUUUAGCGUUGCAGAAGUGUUUACGGACAAAAUUCUCUUCUGGUUUCCAGCUUACUACUACAUGAAGUUCGCAUUUCUGGUCUGGUUGCAAUGUCCAUCAGGCAAUGGUGCUAGGCAUUUAUACAUGAACUGCCUCCGUCCUUUCUUGUUGAAGCAUCGAAGAAGACUGGAUCAAAUAGUUGGACUGUUCUAUGGUGAAUUGAACAAAUUCGUGAGUGAACACCAGGAAGAAUUUCUUUUUGCAAGAAGACUUAUCACGGGGGUUUUCGAAUCAGCAAACGGGAUUCUGACCAACAGUGCUCAUCCACGAGAAAGGCAAGAUAUUGCUGCUAUCGAGGGUCCGCGGAACCAAAAUCAAGAGUCAGAAUCAGGACAUGAUGAUUGAUGCAUCUUUACCCGUAACGUACAGAUACUUUGCUUGCUUGAUAUAUAUCAUGAAGUUUUAGGGUUUGACAUUUCACAGAGGUCAAUGAGGAAGAGGGCCUACUUGCGUAACUGCAAAUUCCUUGCUCUGAAAUGGGAUAUGAGCUCGAUUAAUCUAGUCUAGCGGACCUUUGGUGGGUUUAGGUUGGGAAUCGGGAAGUUUAGCAUCAUGAGCACUUCCGAGAUUUCGUAUCCAAUAUAGUCUACACUUUGUAAAUAUUGAUGUUUGCUAUUGUGAAGGGUAUGUUGCAAGUAUUUGCGACUUCCACAUAGAUUUAUCUAUAAACUGUCGACGAUCCAAAGCAUGGAUCUUUGAAGUUCCAA